UUCUAGUAUUAUUAAGAUGUAUAAUGUUACUAACUAACCUAUCUUAUAGAUUUUAUCUAGAUCUAACAUUUGGACUAGAUAGUUAAGGUUUUACCUAGGAGCUCCACCAUUAGCAGAUCUUAAGUCAUUUGUGCCCUGCCCAUUUCGGGGACCAAAACUGAAAGUUCUAUUUUAUAUGUAAUCUAAUCAAGAUAGUUACAAUUAAUGUACUGAACAAUAGUUGGACUUCAUCUAGAUUAACCAUUUUUUCAUUACAAAAAAAAUGUCUUAUUCAGUCCCAAAAAUUGGCAGGGACCAGGGUAUUCAUGUUCAUGUUCUUGUUGACAUUUUUAUUUAUGUACUUGAAUGCAUGGUGUAGUAAAAUUAUUGUAACUUUAAUCUCUACCUAUGUGUCAAAUCAUUGUGAAACCGAUUUGUAUAUCAUUGACUUUUAUAAUAUUUUGUCUCAUUUUUUUUCUUGUUUUUAUUAUCGCAGAUGUGGCUGUGCAACUUAGAGAAGGAGAUAUCUAAAACAAAGCAGACCGGAUAAAGGCUAUGAUGUUUUGGUGCAAUGGCAUUUGAAUGGUGCAAACAACAUUGUUCAUUCACCACUCCUUCAGUGGACAGGGAAGAUGACAAAAGGGAAAGAGGUGAUCAUGGACUAUGAAGGGACUCUGUGGCAAGGAAUCGUUCUCGAUUCAGAAUAUCUUGAAGAUUCAGAAUCGUCUGAUGAGGAAUUUGACAUCCCCCUGGCACGACUUUCUGACAAAUAUGCAGAAGCAAAACUUGGUCCUCUACCCGUAUCAUCGCCAUCACUUCCUGAAGAUUCAACAGGAUGUGGAUCUGGAUUGCCUGAACCAAUAUCCAUCGCAAGUGACCAGAUAACACAGUCUGAUGAGGAAUUUGACAUCCCCCUGGCACGACUUUCUGACAAAUAUGCAGAAGCAAAACUUGGUCCUCUACCCGUAUCAUCGCCAUCACUUCCUGAAGAUUCAACAGGAUGUGGAUCUGGAUUGCCUGAACCAAUAUCCAUCGCAAGUGACCAGAUAACACAGUCUGAUGAGGAAUUUGACAUCCCCCUGGCACGACUUUCUGACAAAUAUGCAGAAGCAAAACUUGGUCCUCUACCCGUAUCAUUGCCAUCACUUCCUGAAGAUUCAACAGGAUGUGGAUCUGGAUUGCCUGAACCAAUAUCCAUCGCAAGUGACCAGAUAACACAGUCUGAUGAGGAAUUUGACAUCCCCCUGGCACGACUUUCUGACAAAUAUGCAGGUAUUACACUCCUUUUCCCAAUUUGAUAGAUAAGAUAAGAUAAGAUUUUAUUAAACUCUAUCGAACCCCGAUCGGGAGUAUGAGAGUCUCAACAAGAACAUAUUGACAAUAAUGAAUUUGUGCAUGAAAAAAUGACCAUAUUUACAAUAAUGAAUAUGCAUAUACAAA